GAGAAGGAGGAGGAGGAGGAGGAGCAGGCUUCUCCCCCACCCUACUUUCCAGCCCCCCACCUCGCCCGUGGAACCGGCCCUGACCCCUCCCUCGGUGCCACCACCGCCCGGACCCCGCCAUGCCCCCGGCCUGGCAUGGAGCCCUCUGGGAGCCUGCUUCAGGGCAAGCCCUUCUACUGCCGGGAGUGGGCGCUGGGCCGGCUGGCGCUCAGCCUGGAGGGGGGCGGGGGGGUGCUGGUGACGGGGGGCCCCGGCAGCGGCAAGACGGCCCUGUGCACUGAGGCGCUGUGGCCCACCUCCGAGGUGGGGCACCGGGUGGGGCUGGGCGAGAGCGCCUUGGCCUGGCACUUCUGCCAGCCACACGAUGGCGCCACCUGCUCCCCCCGAGGCUUCCUCCUCCGGCUGGUGGAGCAGAUCCGCCAGUGCCCACUGCUGCCCGGGUACGGAGAGCGUCUCAGCCGGGAGGAUGCCCAGAGGAGCCUGGAGAACGCGCAGUGCAAGAAGGAUCCGGACGAAGCCUUUCGCAGGGCCGUCCUGCUCCCCCUGCUGGACCUGCCGCCGCCCCCCAAGCCCCUCCUGCUGGUGGUGGACGCUCUGGACGCCGGCCAGGCUGAGCGCGAAGAGGAGCGAGCCCCCCCUCCGGGGCCCAGCCGGACCAUCGCCCAGCUCCUGGGGAGCCACCUGCAGCUGCUGCCCCCCUGGCUGCUCCUGGUCUGCACUGCUCGCUCCCACAGCAAGGGGGUGCUGCGCCUCUUCAACGGGUUCCGGCGCCUGUGCCUGGACGACCUUCGCCGGGAGCCGGUGGUCUGCGAUGUCCAGCAGUACAUCCUGGCGCGGCUGGACCGGGAGGAGCCCCUCCGUCGCCACCUGACCCGUGACACGGCCGAGGCCCUGAGCCAGCUGCACAUCAAGAGCAACGGGUGCCUGCUGUACCUGGAGCGGGUGCUGGACGGCGUGGCGGGCGAGCUGGUCACCCUGCGCGAGGUGCGCCACAUCCCGGGCACCCUCUAUGGCCUCUACCUCUGGCUGUGCCAGCGUCUCUUCCCAGGCCAGGACUUUGCCCUUGUCCGCCCCCUGCUGGAGGCCCUCCUGGCCGCACCGCGCCCCCUGCGCCCCAUGGAGCUGUAUGCCGCCGUGUGGACUCGCCGCCCGGUUCCCCGGGAGGAGUUUGAGGGCUGGCUGGCAUCCCUAGCGCCGCUGCUCCACCAGGGAGACGGGGGCACCUGCAUCCUCUUCCACGCCAGCUUCGCUGAGUGGCUCUGCGACGUCAAGCACUGCACCCAGAGGUACCUCUGUUGCCCGGCCCGCGGGCACGCCUCUCUCGCCAUGAGCGCCUCGUGCCGCGCACCUGCGCUGCUGCCCGAGCAGGUGCACGAACUGGCGCACCACCUGCUGCACGCCGAACUGGGCAUGGAAGCCUGGCAGCUGGCGCUGUGGUUGGUGUGGUGCGGGGCGCCGGUCGAGCGCUGCCUGGAGCCUGAGGAGGCGCUGCUGCUGCCCCUGGCGCCCGCGGUGCUGGAGCUUCUGGUGCUGGCGGGCGCACGGAUGAGCUCCCAGGGCCCUGGACCGUCCCUUCAGCAAGCCCUUGAGAGGGAGGACUCGGUGCGGCUACUCCUGGAAAACGGCGCCAGCGUCAACCAGCGGGACGUCACAGGGCGCACCCUGCUAGCCAGCGCCGCUCACAGUGGCAACCAUGAGGUGGCGGGUCUCCUCCUGGCACGUGGGGCGCAGGCCGAGGUCCCAGACCGGCAUGGGCAGACACCCAUGACCCUGGCUGCCCGCCAAGGCCACACCAAAGUCCUGCUCUGUUUGCUGGCACAUGGUGCCCACGUAGAUCGCCCUGACCGAGAGGGCUGGACAGCGCUGCGGGCAGCCGCCUGGGGGGGCCACGGCGAGGCCGUGGGGGUCUUGCUACGAGCCGGUGCCAACGUGGACUGUGCUGACGCAGAAGGGAGGACGGCGCUGAGGGCGGCGGCCUGGGGCGGCCACGAGGAGAUUGUUGCCACACUGCUGGAGCACGGAGCCAACCUCAACCGGGCAGAUACCGAGGGACGCACGGCACUCAUUGCAGCGGCCUACAUGGGGCACCGCGAGAUUGUGGCGCUGCUGCUGGCGCACGGAGCCCACGUGGACCACGCCGACGUGGACGGGCGCACGGCACUGUCAGUGGCGGCCCUGUGUGUGCCUGCCAGCCGCGGCUACGCCAAGGUGGUGGAGCUCCUCCUGGACUACGGGGCGUCCCCGGGGCACAAGGACCGGGAUGGCAUGACCCCCUUGCUGGUGGCCGCCUAUGAGGGCCAUGCCGACGUGGUGGAGCUGCUGCUGGAGGCCGGGGCAGAUGUGGAUGAGGCCGAUGGGGCUGGCUGUGCCCCUCUACUGGCAGCCGCCUCCAUGGGUCACCGUGCCGUGGUGGACACCUUGCUGCUCUGGGGGGCGGCCGUCGACGGGCUGGACGGCGAGGGCCGCACGGCACUGGGCGUGGCUGCUGGGCAAGGCAGCGAGGCGGUGGUUCGGGCGCUGCUAGAGAGAGGCCUGGACGAGAACCACCGGGACGCCCUGGGCUGGACCCCGCUGCACCUAGCCGCCUGGCAGGGCCACGCCAGGACGUGCGCUGCGCUCCUGGAGGCCGGGGCCCGUGUGGCGGAAACAAACCGGGACGGGAGGGUGCCCCUGAUGCUGGCUGCCCAGGAAGGCCACACGGACACCGUGCAGCUCCUGCUGGACCGCGGCUCCCCCAUCGACCACCAGGGCUACGACGGGCUCUCCGCCCUCUUGCUGGCCAUGCUGGGGGGCCACCGAUCCACGGCCGAGCUGCUCCUGCGCAAGGGGGCUGACGUCAACCUCUCAGACGCCGAGGGGCGCCCCAUGCUGUACCUGCUGGUGCUGGAGGGGCGCCUGGAGAUGGCGGAGCUGCUGCUGGAGAAUGGGGCUGGGCUAGAGGGGCAGGAUGCCCAGGGGCGCUCAGCCCUGCACGUGGCCUGCUGGCAGGGCCAUGCCGAGGUGGCACAACUGCUGCUGAGCUACGGGGCCGACGUGGACGCAUUGGACACGGAGCGCCGUUCUGCCCUGCACCUGGCAGCCUGGAGGGGCCACGCCCGGAUCGCCCGUCUGCUGCUGGAGGGCGGGGCUCAGCCUGACCAUGCCUGCAACCAGGGGGCCACGGCGCUGGGCAUCGCCGCCCAGGAGGGGCAGGCAGAGGUGGCAAAAGUCCUGCUGGAGCAUGGUGCCAGCCCUGGCAUCCUUGACAGAGCCGGCCGGACCCCUCUGCGUGUGGCGGCCAAACGGGGCCAUCGGGACGUCCUGCGGCUGCUGGAGGGGCAUGGGGCUGCGCCCGGCUCCCCAGGCUCCGUGGGCAGCUCCCCCUCGGCCUCGCUGGACUCGGCGGCAGGCGAGCACCCCAAGUCGCAGACCUCCCUCUGUUCCUCGGGCGCCGCCACAUCCUCCACUUUCCACUCGCUGGCCACCGCGCAGACGGUCCCCGUGGACACCCUCAGCUUCGCCCAGCAGAUCCAACAGCACUCACUGCCUCGCCGGCGCCAGUCUGCCCUCGCUGCCCUGCCCCGACCCACAGUGGCUCAGGAGAAGCACAACGGGGAGGCCGUGGGGAGCCCCUUGCUCCUCUCCAUCGACACCCUGGACCCCCACCUGCACCUCAAAGCGGCCAUCAAGCUGCAGUUCGAGGGCCCCACCUGUGGCUACGAGUACAAGCAGGAGACGCCCCUCUGACAGGCACUGGGGGGGCAGGGGCAUUUUCGUGAGUGGGUCUGCUAAUGCACAAAGGCCUUGGUGAUGGGCACUGCCACCACUUGGGGGUGGAG